AUCAUCUGGCGUCACCAGUCUCGCAUUAAACCUUCUUCACUUCGUUCUAGCUGCAGCAAUGGCCUCGUUUCCGGUUGUGUUUAACAAAUGCUCACUACUUCUGUUCAUUUUGUCUGGAGGGUCGUUUGAGCUGGUUCGAGCUGACGACUUCAAGUGUCCAGCCCUGACGCCCACAACGACGGAGCGUCGGCUGAGGGCCAGAUACUUCUCGCAAGAUACCCUAAACCGUGCUGUUCAUCGCGACAACAAUACUGUGGAUGUCAAACUUCGUCUUGUGCUGAGGAAAUUUGAUUUCAACGAGGAAGAAGAUAAACUCGAAAUCCACAGCUGGUUCGCAAUACACUGGAAAGAUUGCCGAUCUGCCUGGGAUCCGUCCGCCUUCGAUAACAUACGCGAAAUUCGCCUUCCCAGUUACUUCUUCUGGAAGCCAGACAUCGGCGACUUCUCUUCUGCUGAUAUGGCGAAAACGUUCCCUCUGUUUCGCUGGUUCAUGUGCAUACUCUACUCGGACGGUUCCAUCAUGUGUAUGCCACCUUACAAUCACGUAGUGACCUGCUCGGCCGACUUGACGCGCUGGCCAUACGACACCCACACUUGCACCAUGACGACCGGUUCCUGGACUCACACCGCCAGAGAAAUGAACAUUUCGCUCAUGGAACCGGCUAUUGUUGUCAACAGUCGCAGCUUAAACCGGGAAUGGAAACUGGCAUCUAUGAAAUCCUAUAAGAAUAUUUCGAAGUACGAUUGUUGCCCAAACGAUACAUUCAGCUGGGUGUCAUUUGAGUUCAUGUUGCAGAGACAUCCGGGUGGAUAUUCCUCCACAGUCGUCAUGCCUGCCGUAGUGUUGGUGCUGCUGACACUGCUGACGUUCUGGAUGGACCCAACAGAAAUGGAUCGUCUGAUACUGGCAACUGUGGAUGUGGUCUCCCAUAUCCUGUUCCUCCAGCACCUGGGGCACCUCCUGCCGGCCAAUGGCGAUCAGACGCCUCUCAUAAUAAUUUUCUAUCGGGACUCCAUGAUCUUGGCGGCCAUGGCGUUGUUUGCAUCUGCUCUGAUACCGGAUCUGAGGAAGUCAUCUAUGAAUCUUCCUCUUUGGGCUUCCGGUCUUUCCAGUUGGGUCCUACAGAACCGGUUUGGUUACAUCUUUGUUUUACGGACCUUAGAUCAAAAGAGCGUCGGUGCAGUGUCAGAGACGCCCCGAGGGGGGGAUGGUGCUGACUCCCCAGGGCCCAGCUGGCCACUCUUUACGUCACUGCUCGACUUCCUGUGCUUUGUGGUCACCUUGUUGUCAUACGUCACACUUUUGCUGGGAUACAUUCCGUAGGAAACAUAUGUACUUCGCAAAAAA